AUGGCUUGGGCUUGUAUUAUGCCUGAAGAACUAUCGAUAGUUCCACGAGGUCUAGUCUGUUUAGCAAAUCUUGAUACACGUCAUCAACCUGUACAUCGUUCGAUUUGGGAAUUACUCGAUAAAGAACGAGCAAAUGUACCUUUACGUUAUCGACUUGUUGAUAUCGAUGAACAAUAUCCAACUAGCAAAGCAAAACGUGCUACAUAUGAAUGGUAUGUUCCAAAAGGUAUACUCAAAACAAGUUGGAUGCACAAGCAUUUACAUCUGGUACCAAGUUUAGUAGUUAUAUUUUUUGAACUUGAUUGGAAUGAUCCAUUAUUUAAAGAAAAACAGACUGAAUUAAAAAAUAAUAUUGAUUUAGUCAGAACAAAUCUUGAUGGUCGUGGUGCUGCUAUUUCAGUAGUAUUACUUCAAAAUAAAAAUAGUUUUCCAACUGUUGAUGAUGUGUAUAGUUCUGAACGUGAUCAAAUGGCUAAUACACUCUGUACUUAUUUUGAUAUACCGAAACGUUCUCUGUGUGUUCUACCUGUUCUUCCACAACCUGAUAAUCUUUCAGCAUGGAUCGAUAGAUUAGAACAAACAUUUAUUGAAAGUAGUCAAAAUUAUUAUAUGAAUGAAAUACGUCGUGUUAAAAAACAUAAAGAAACAUUAAAUAAUAUAACACAUCAAUUAUUACAUAUUCGUCAUCAAUUUAAAGUUGGAUUUUUUUCUGAACUUAAACAAGAUAUACCAAGUGCUGUUAAAUCUUAUAAGAAUGCAUAUAGUUAUUUAAUAGAUAAUGCUCGUAUACAUGAUACAAAUAUACUUGAAAUGAAAAUAAUUGCUGGUUUUUUAAAUUAUAAAAUAUGUCGAAUAUCAUUUGAAUUAUCUCAACCAGUCGAAGCAAUAAAUCAUUUUCGUCGUCAUGCUGAUAUAUUUAAAAGUAAAACUGGUCCUGUUGAUUUAGCAUUUGAACAUAAAGCAUGGCUUUCAAAACAAUUUCAAACAUUUGCUGAUUUAUUUACACGUUGUCCAUUAGCAAUUCAAACACAACAUCCAGGAUUUUAUUAUCAAGAAUCAGCAUAUCAAUCAAUGGCACGAAAACAAAUUGCACAAACAACAUGUCGUCGAAUUGAACCAACUGAUUUUGAUCCAAAUGAAUUUUUAAAACCAACUGAAUUUUAUGGUCAAAGACCAUGGAGACAACAUCAUCAAAGUAUGGAAAUUAGUGAUGCACAGAAAGAACGGGAAGCAAUUGCUGCAUUACGAGAUGCUGAAUCUCGUGUUAAUCAUUCCGAAUUAAUCAUUUCUUUACUUGUUCAAGCGAUUACUCAUUUUAAAAAACAUUCAUCAAAUCGAAUGAAACUUUAUUUAAUGUAUAAUUUAGCAGAAGAAUAUGCAUCAAGUAAAGACUAUGAUAAAGCAUUAAAUUAUUAUAAUCAUAUUGUACAAGCCUAUCGAACUGAACAAUGGUGGCCAAUAUUAGAAGCAAUAUUACCUUCUGCAUUAAAAUGUGCAUAUUUAAGUGCUAAUCUUCAAGAUUGGAUACGAUUUAGUUUAGAAAUACUUAAUCCAAAUAUUCAAUUAUCAAGUCAAAUUAAAAAUCAAACACAAACAAAUCUUGAGAAUUUAAUUAUAAAAAAUCUUGCACCACAAGUUGAACCAACCGUAUCAGCAAAUGAUGAUAAAUGGAAAGCAUUACUUAAUAAACAACCAAUUGUUAUUGAUGCUGAUACAUUUAAAGGACUUCUGGAAUGUAAAGUUUAUUUUACUCAUGAUGCUGUAUCAGUUGAUUGUGACAUCACACUUCAAGUUGCACUUAAAAAUGGUUUUCCAUUACCUAUUGAAUUCGAUCAAUUAUUAGUUUAUUUCAAUUUAAAAGAAUAUGAUGAUUUAGCUAAUGUAACUGAUGUUGAAAAAUUAAAAUUUUCUCCAAAUGAACAGCGAAUAUUAACAUUUAAUUUUACACCGAGAGGUGAUCAUGUUCAACGAACACUUGAAAUUACAUCUGUUUCAUUAAUUUAUGGUAAAAUUAAUCAAACUCAUAUUGAUUUUCAAUGGCGAACUAGUUUACAACCAAAUCCAUCGUUUCAACAAGGACCUUUAACACCGAAAUGGCAAAUAAAAGCGGGUCAUAUAUUAUGGGAAAAUUUACCUAUACGACGAAAAACAAAUGUCAUUAUGAGAGCAGCAGAAGUACAAUUAACUGUUGAACAUCAAUUACCGGUUCUUCUCUAUGAAUCAUAUCCAAUUAAAAUUCAUAUUAAAAAUUGUGAAAAUGUUGAUAUACAAUCCGCAGUUUUAACUUGUAUUUGUUCAAAUACCGAUGAAAAUUCUUCCACAUCCGAUGAUACAUUUCUUUUUUAUGCAACAGCAGAUAGUAAUAGUGAAACAACAACAAAUAUAUGUUCAAUGACAUUCAAGACAAUUAAUAAAGAUACUGAAAUUGAACAAGAUUUAUAUAUUCGAUGUAAUAAUAAUCGUUCUCGAGAAAUUAUUAUUCGGCUUUCUUAUGAACGAUUAAAUUUACAUUGUAUGAAAGAAAUUUUAAUUCCAUUAACUGUUGUUAAUCCAUUUUCAAUUCAAUUUCAAACAAUGGGAAUGAUGAUGGAACCUCUUGCUUCCUUACGUGCUCAAGAACCAUUUAUAUUAAUGAUUGAUACGAAAUGUAUAUCAACUAUUCCAAUUACUAUUGUUAGCACUAAUUUAAAACCUAGUCAAUUUAUAAUUAGUGAAUGUGCAAUCGAAUCACAGAUCAAUAAUACUCAAUUAAAACAAGAUGAAGUUGUAACUGAAGGUUUUUGUCUACGUACUCAACCAAUAGCUACACCUAUUGUUCAAAAUCUUCUUGUUGGUGAAUAUAGUUUAUAUUGGAAACGUUCAAGUCAUCCAGAUAUUCCAAAAUUAUGUACAACAUUUUCAUUAUCGGAUUUUAAUGUUGAACAACAACAAGUUUAUGUUGAAGUAUCCAUACCAAAUAAUGUUCCAUUACAAGAACCUUUUCAAAUCAAUUAUCGUAUACAUAAUCGAUCAAAUAUUGUUCAUGAAUAUAAAAUAAAUCUUGAACAAAUUAAUCUUAUCGUUGCUGUUUGUGGUAGUACAAUGACAUCAUUAUUAGUUCCACCACAUAGUUCAUCAGAUGUUAACUAUACAUUAGUUGCAACACUUUGUGGUUUUGUUCAAUUACCAAAAUUUAAAAUAUCAAUGAUUCGUCCACCAACACAAGAAAUCGAUGAAUCAAUUGAUAGAACAUUACCUACACAUAUUUUUGUUGUACCAUCAUUAAAAAAUUCAUAA